AUGUCGACUAUGUAUCAACAAAUGGACUUGGACCAAAAUCCAAUUGUAGCUCUCCGAGGGCUGCGAAAGCAUGCGUCCGGUGAACUUCAAGAUUAUUUUGAUGCUUUUGAGGAUUUGUAUGAAAGGAAACUUUGGCACCAGCUUACGCUUAAGAUCGAAGAAUUUUUCUCACUGCCAUCAUCUGGUCAAUUCCAAAUUCCUCUUUUUCAGAAUUUUAUUUCUGAUUGGGAAAAUAAAAUGAAUAAACUCAAAUUGGUUACACUUGGAUUGACUGCGUCAAAGCAAUUUAAUGACAAUAAUGAGGCCUUGGGCUUUUUGACUACGUUAGUAGAGAGAGUUAGUAAACCAGAAACGCAAGACGUUUAUGUUCUUGCUGUAAUGGAAACGGCGUUUAAAAAGUUGCUACUAGGAGAUCUGGAAGGAACAAAAAGGGCAAUUGACGAGUCUCAAAAGAUUCUUGAUACUUUUGAUUCUGUCGAAACUGUGAUUUAUGCGAGUUUUUACCGUGUAAGUGCCGAUUUCCACAAGGCAAAGGGAGAAUAUGCCGGUUAUUACAAGAAUGCUUUGUUGUAUCUUGCUUGCAUCCAGCUUGAAGAUGUUCCCAUUAAAGAAAGAAUUGAUAGGGCUUAUGACCUUGCUCUUUGCGCCUUAUUAGGGGACACAAUUUACAAUUUUGGGGAACUAUUAAUGCACCCAAUUCUUGACUCGCUGUCGGGUACAGAACACGAAUGGUUACGAGCAUUGUUAUUGGCGUUUAAUGCUGGAGACUAUGGCAGAUUUGAAGCAUUGCAACCAUAUUUUGCAAAACAGUCGUUAUUUACAGAGAACUUUGGACAUUUACUCGAAAAGAUUCGAUUAAUGUCACUCAUCGAAGCCGUCUUUAGGAGAAGUGCAGAUAACAGGACCAUUCCAUUUACUAGUAUUGCGGCCGAGACUAGAAUGCGUAUCGAUGAGGUUGAAGUUUUAAUCAUGAAAGCUCUCUGUCUCAAGCUCAUCCGAGGGACAAUUGAUCAAGUUGACGAAUUAGUCGUGGUCACAUGGGUACAGCCACGUGUUCUAGAUACAAAUCAAAUUGACGGUAUGAGACGACGUCUAGAAGAUUGGGACGAGAACGUCAAGCGUACUGCUCGGCUUGUUGAGAAUGAAACACCAGAAUUGUUUGUUCAGUAA